AUGAAUGACCUACCAGGCUACAAAAUCAAGAACGUCCUCGGCACCAUCUACGGAAUCACAGUCCGAACACGCAACUGGGGCGCUGAUUUAGGGGCUGUAGUCCGAUCAGCCGUGGGAGGGGAGAUCCGCUUCUUCACGAACUUAAUGUAUACUUCUCGGGAGGAAGCAAUGGAGAGAUUGGUAGGGGAGUGCAUGAGUCGAGGAGGGAAUGCUAUUAUUGCGGUGAGAUUUGAUGUUGCGAGUUUUGGGGCUUGUUCGCAGAUCUGUGCUUAUGGGACUGCUUGUGUGGUUGAGAAGAUUGAAGACUAG